GUGGGGGGGGAGGUGAGAAUAGAGCGAGAGAGAGGAAGAGAGAGAGAAAAGGCGACUAGGAACCGAAGAAGCACUACCGCCGUGGGUGCCUGCCACCAUGGGAGCCUUGCAUCACUUGCCCGAGCCGUUGCUUCCUCCAUGGGCCAUGUCGUGAUCCGUGGGCUCCGCCAGCGGGAUUUCUGUCAGUGAUCCGAGCCGCGGAAGAGAGGGGGGAGAAGAUGUCAGCCUCGGUGGGCCCUCGGGGCGGCGCGCGCCCACCCGUCGUGCCGGCGUCCAUGCCCGAGCCGGACCUGAGCCAUCUGACGGAGGAGGAGAGGAAGAUCAUCAUGGCCGUGCUAGCUCGACAGAAGGAGGAGGAGGAGAAGGAAGAGGCCAUGUUAAAGGAGGAGAAGCCCAUCCAAGCAAGAACUGUGAACCUGGUUGGGCAGAAGAAGCCUCCUCAGCAAAAUGAUGUCCGAGGUAUCCAGCAGCAGUUGUCCAGCUACAGGGAGACGGUGCGGCGGGUGGGGGAGGAGACACGUCGGCAGACCACCACGGGCCAGCACCGGGACGACGCUCCCACCUGUGGCAUCUGCCACAAGACCAAGUUUGCUGAUGGCUGUGGCAGCCUCUGCUCUUACUGCCAGACCAAGUUCUGUGCCCGCUGCGGAGGGAGGGUGUCCUUGCGCACCAACAAUGAGGACAAAGUGGUGAUGUGGGUGUGUAAUAACUGCCGUAAGCAGCAGGAGAUCCUUACUAAGCCAGGGGAGUGGUUCUCAGGUCCAGGGAAGCCAGGUCUAGGCUCAGGCAUCAGUGACCCGGCCAUGUGUGGCCAGAACCCCGGUGACAAGAAGCUCCGUUCCCACUCCCAAGUCCCCCUGGGGCCCCUCGACCCCAAUCACCCCGGUGACCCAGGACUGGCACCCGGAAUGGACCCCCGCUCACGUAUCGAGCCGCCGAGAAAGCCGGGCGAUCAGAACGUUAAAGGUCGAGGUGAGCGUCGGCCGGGUCAUCCCAGACUUUACACCCAGGUGUCAGUGGACCGGGACCAGUGGGAGCGGGAGCGGAGAGAUGGCCGGCGGCUGAGUAAGGGCCGCUCUCUGGAACACGACCCUGUGGGAGCGGGGGUCCCCCGAUGGACAGAAGAGGGCUACCACAUAGACCCCAACGCCCCCCGACAUUUAGCCCAGCCCCAGCCAGGGGAGCCACUGAGGGGCAGGCACCCUCUACAGCCCCAGGGGCGAGGCAGGGGGGUUGGGAUGGUGAUUGGGUUUGAGAGUGUUGAGGGCAUUGGGGGCCAGCCCGAGGCUAUGCUGGGCCAGAGGACGGUGGUGGGGGGCAUUAGGGGGCAACAGGACCUCGGCCCUCCACAGCUCCAGCCCCCAGAACUCAGGGAGCCCCCUGGGACAGGCCCGGGCCCCGGACCCUGUCAGGACCCUCUCCUGCGCCGGUCCAAACGGGAGAAGGCUGAGAGGAUGCUGCGUAACGAUUCGCUCAGCUCGGACCAGUCAGAGUCUUUGCGGCCGCCCCCACCACGGCCCUACAAGUCAAAACGUGGCGGUGCCGGGAAGAGACAGACAUCAGUCAGCAGCUCAGAGGAAGAGGGAGGGACCACGCCGGAGUACAGCAGCUGUGAGGAUGCCGAGAUCGAGAGUGUCAGCGAGAGAGGGGACUGGGAGUGCUACCCGCUGGACCCCACUGUGUGGCAUCAUCCGGUGACAUGGCAACCGUCCAAAGAGGGUGACCAUCUAAUUGGCCGAAUCACCCUGAGCAAGAGGAGCGCUAUGCCCAAAGAAGCCGGAGCACUGCUGGGGCUGAAGGUGGUUGGGGGAAGGGUCACAGAGGCAGGAAGACUGGGAGCCUUCAUCACUGUAGUCAAGAAGGGCAGUCUGGCCGACAUUGUGGGACACCUUCGAGCAGGGGAUGAGGUUCUGCAGUGGAACGGCAAGAUGUUGCCAGGAGCAACCCAGAAAGAAGUUUAUAAUAUAAUUCUCAAUUCCCAAGCAGAACCCCAAGUGGAACUAGUGGUGUCCCGGCCCAUUGGGGUGUAUAAAGUCUAUCAUGAUAUCCCAAGAAUCCCAGACACGUCCCACCCUCCAUUAGAAUCUACCCUCACAGCAGGUUCCAGUUCAUUUGAGUCCCAGAAGAUGGAGCGGCCAUCUAUAUCAGUCAUGUCCCCCACCAGCCCCAGUACACUUAGAGACAACCCACAGCUAAUGCCUGGACAGCUUGCAGUACUGCCCGGACAACUUUCAGUCAAGCUGUGGUAUGAUAAGGUGGGACACCAGCUGAUUGUGAACGUGGUACAGGCCACAGAACUACCUCCCCGGCCGGACGGGCGACCCAGAAACCCUUACGUCAAAAUGUACUUCCUGCCAGACCGAAGCGAUAAGAGCAAGCGGAGGACUAAGACAGUGAAGAAGAGUGAAGAGCCAAAGUGGAACCAGACGUUUGUGUACUCCCACGUCCACCGCAGAGACUUCCGCCAACACAUGCUGGAGCUGACCAUGUGGGACCAGCCUCGCCUACCUGACGAGGAUAGCAUGUUCAUGGGAGAGAUCUUAAUAGAGCUGGAGACAGCCCCGUUAGAUGACAAGCCUCACUGGUACAAGCUGCAGACCCACGACAUGUCGUCUAUCCCCCUGCCCCGGCCAUCCCCUUACAUGCCCCGCAGAAACACAGACACACCCAGCAAGAAGCUGCAGCGUUCUCAGCGUGUUAAAGAGCCUGAGUACGAUGACACUGGACCUAUGUCUAAAGCUGCCGAGAGGGGCUCGCGGGAGAGGGGGAGGGAGCAGAAAGAUCCCCACGCCGCCACUCUGGAGGUGCCGGAGCAGAAGAGGACACCCCAGCAUCGCUCUCGAUCUGUCUCUCCUCACAGAGAGGAACAGGGCAGGGGGCGAUCACGACCCGCCAACGUCCCCACACAGAGGAGUUUGGAUGAUGAGAUCCACCAUAGUAGGAGGUCUCGUUCUCCCACCCACUACUAUGACUCUACCAGAGGACACUACCAGGAGCAGGACUAUGUAGAUGACAGUGAGGUCAUCAUGAUCCACCAGUCAAUGCGAGGCAAAAGUGCAGAAUGCCUACACACUAAAAGGGAAUCUUCUAGACAAAGUAACACACUCCCCCCUAAGAUGCCCCUCUUAGUCAAUGGCAUCCACAAGGACAUUUACAGUUCCACGCUGCCUGCAUGUCUAAAGACUAGGUCAAUGGUGCGCUCCAGUGUUGUCACGGCAAUGCGCAGCUCUUUGACACAACGAGUUCUCAGGUUUACAGACGAGAUCACCAUUAGUGAUCUACAUACCUCUCUGGACAGGGUUAGGACUAGGAGCGCUAGCACCAACUGUCUGAACCCAGAAAGGAACCAUAGUGUUCCUUCACCAGAGCCCCAAAGCUGCUCCCAGUCUCUGCCCCGCAGACGCCCCGCCAGCCCCAGGAUUCUAAUCCAACACGCCUCCCCAGAAGACGACAGCCAAUGGAUGAUGGAGCCUCUAGUUCCUAGACAGGAGACAGUUAACCACCUCAGUGCAAAGAAGAGGCAAACUCGGACCCUGGACUCAUCCACCUGUCACACUCUGGGCAAGAAGCUCCCUGACCAUGACAGGGGCCACCUCCAAGGUGGUGCGUCUCUGUCCUCCUCAGUGACGUCCUCGUCAGCAGCUCGCAGGGUCAGACAACUCCCACAGGUCCCAGACAAGAGCAGCAGCCCCGUAGAGCAAGCUCUUGCAGCAGAGGAGCGUGUUCGUCAGCUCCAGAUGAAGGUACAGCAGAGGGACUCCUACAGGAGUUCUGCUGCUCCGUCCACUUCCAGCAGGGAUGUGGAGAGGGUGCUCAAGAGCAAACGCGAGGUCAGUCACCUGUCACUUGAGCUGUAUAAGGACCAGAGGAGAACCAGCUGUGAGAACGUAUCCCGCAAGUCUUCAGACAGUGAUGUCAGCGACGUGUCAGCCAUCUCUCGUACCAGCAGUGCCUCCCGCAUCAGCAGUACCAGCUACAUGUCCAUCCAGUCAGAGAGACCCCGGGGACGCUUCAACAAGGCGAUGCAUGCAUCAGGCCGCAGCAUGUUGAAGAGCACCAGCGUGAGCGGUGAAAUCUUUGGCAUUGAGCAUACGGACGGCAGCCAAUCAGAUACAGCAUUGGGCGGGGGCAAGAAGCGGCGCUCCAGCCUCAGCCAACGGGUGGUGGCCAUUGUGGGCCUGCCCUCCAGACGCAGCUGCAGUACCUCACAGCUCACCUCCCAGAAAGUGGUGGUGGAUACUAAGAAGAAGGGCAAGAAAAAGAACAAAAUUCAGAUCCAGCGGAGUACAGAGGUGGGUAUGGCUGUAGAGUACCCCCGCUCUGCCAUGAACCGCCAGGCCAGCAGAGACUCCACCGACGGCAGCAUGAACAGCUACAGCUCUGAGGGGAAUCUAAUCUUCUCGGGGAUGAGGCUGGGGGCUGACAGUCAGUUCAGUGACUUCCUGGAUGGCCUUGGCCCCGCCCAACUGGUGGGCCGGCAAACAUUAGCCACACCCGCCAUGGGAGAUGUUCAGAUCGGAAUGAUGGACAAAAAAGGCCAGCUGGAGGUGGAGGUGAUCAGAGCACGUGGCCUUACCCCCAAACCAGGGUCCAAAUCACUCCCAGCUCCCUAUGUCAAGGCAUACCUGCUGGAUAACGGAGCCUGUAAAGCCAAAAAGAAAACCAAGAUUGCACGUAAAACCCUGGAGCCACUCUACCAGCAGGCCCUGCUGUUUGAGGAGAGCCCACAGGGGAAGGUCCUCCAGGUAAUAGUCUGGGGCGACUACGGGCGACUGGAUCACAAAUGCUUCAUGGGAGUUGCACAGAUCCUAUUGGAGGAGCUGGACCUCUCCAGCACAGUGAUUGGCUGGUACAAACUGUUUCCUCCUUCCUCAUUGGUGGACCCUACCUUAGCCUCGCUUACUCGGCGGGCGUCCCAGACAUCCUUGGACAGCUCAGGACCAGCUGGUAUGCGUUCUUAGUGACCAUAACGCAACCACAACCCCAAAUGGACCACAACCAAUGGACCAAAACUGACCAGAGUGCAUGACCACAUACCUAGGGCCAAGAUAGACCUUAAGCAAAUCAAAGCCAGACAGAGAGAUAGAGACAGAACUAGCCAAUAAGAGCUGGAGUCAGACAAUCACUUCCCAUGCCUCCCUCCUUCCGUUUUCCCUCCUUUCUCUGGGCUGCUAGGGCCUUGCUCCUGAGUCUCACCUCUUCUAUUCCUCAUCCCUCCUUUUUAUGUAUCCAUCCCCCUCCUCUCUGACAUAUCCUUUCUUUGUCCCCUCUUUGUCCAUCCCUCCACUCCCUCCAUUGAAUGUGUUAUGGCUUGUGCUCCUGAGAUAGAAGGGACUCAUGCAGCCCACUCUGUUAGGGGGCACAAGGGAUGUCGGCCCAGGCUUGGUGUAGCCAAUCAGUGAAGAGGUUAUUGUGAGGCCAUAAAGAAUGUGCAGGAGACAAAGGGAAAAGAUUGAAGACGCCCUGCCGACAGCUGCCCAUCAAAAUGCGUUUCAGCAUUGAGGUCGUCAUGGCGUCGCUAUAUCUGUGAGGAUUGGCAUGAUUGCACAACCUGUUAGGGGAGGGAGGCUGCACAGGUGGAAACAAUACUUGUUCUAAGAUCAACGCAAGCACAAAAGCUUGAUUAUUUUUCAGACAACGAAUGGUUGUGAAAGAGAAAAAAGAACAGAGGCCAAAUGAUGGUUGGAUCUAUUUUAUUCCAUAUUCUAUUUGCCUAGAGUUGAGAAUGGUUCCAUGUGGUGCAGACUCCCUGUGUGCGUAUUUGGUUUCGAGUGACGGUGGUCUGCAGACCAGCAGAGGUCACGUCACCC